UGUCAGCACCACCUUCUCCCUCACACCCCCUUCCUCUCCCUGCAAGACAAGACAAAACAAAAACAAAUCCAUCAAAAUGACCGCCCCCCACCGCUUCGAUCCCAACUUCACCGACAAUGUCAUCAACGCAAUGGGUCCCAAAACCACCCCGCGCUUCCGCCAACUGAUGACCGGCUUAAUCCGACACGUGCACGAUUUCGCCCGCGAGAACGAAGUCACCGUCGACGAAUGGAUGGCAGCCGUGCAGUUCAUGAACUGGGCGGGGCAGAUGAGCGACGACAAGCGUAACGAGGGUCAACUCGUUACUGAUGUGAUUGGUUUGGAAUCAUUAGUCGACGAAAUAACCUACACCCUGGCCUCAGAAGCCAAAGACGCACCCACGGCAACCGCAAUCUUAGGCCCGUUCUUCCGCGCCGACACGCCCUUCCGCGCCAACGGGGCGAAUAUCGUGCGCACGGCUGUGUCGGAUGGGGAGAUGGCGUUCAUGCACGGUCGUGUGGUGGAUCACGUCACGAAACAGCCCUUGGUCGACGCUACCGUGGAGGUGUGGCAGGCGAGUACGAAUGGGCUGUAUGAGCAGCAGGAUCCCGCGCAGGAGGAGUUUAAUCUGCGGGGCAAGUUUCGCACGGAUGAGGAGGGCCGGUAUUGGUUUUAUUGUCUCAGGCCGACGCCGUAUCCUGUUCCUGAUGAUGGACCCGCGGGGAAGUUGCUCGAAAUGAUGGAUAGGCAUCCGUUCCGGCCGGCGCAUAUUCAUAUUAUUGCCACGCACCACGGCUAUAAACCUCUCACCACGCAGAUCUUCGAUCGCAAGGACCCGUACCUCACCAAUGACUCGGUCUUCGCCGUCAAGGAUUCCUUGAUCGUGGACUUUGUCGAGCGCAAGGGCGAUCCGCAGGCUGGGCUUGAAUUGGAGUAUGAUGUGAAGUUGGCGCCGGCGCCGGAGUCUAGCUAGGUGGGUUUUCCUGGGUGUGAACGGGUUGGGAGGAUUUGAGGAUGUCUGUUUUAUCCUUGGUAGCCGGCGGCUCUUCUCUGUAAAUAUUGUUUCGUAUGAUACCGGACUAUGUUAUCCAUUCUCAUGCUUGG